GUCAUCCGCGCAGUUGGCAUGAGUAGUUGACUGCGUGCUGGUUGCCAACACAUUCAGAAGCCCGUUUGAACCCCGAUCGGAUUAUACGUCCCGCGCGCUGCUACAGGAGGUGAACACGGCGGCUUUCGACGUAGGAAACCUUUGCAGCGAACGAUACUGAACAGGCGUUCCGUCGAGCGCCCAUGUCCGGCGCAGCCAAAGUUCUUCCAAGCGAGGCUUCAGGCAUGUUCGAGCCCCGCCGUGCUGCGAGGCUUCAGCUGGCCCUGCCCCGUUGCUGCCCGCUCGCGUUGACCCCUCCAGCGAAGAAAAAGUCUUCUUCAAGCCUGGGUUCCUCGCCUGUUCGGCUCGUGACGCCGGCGGACCUUGUGGCCGCUUGGCGUUCGCACGCUCCGGUGAUACUGGUGGACUGUCGGUCGUUCCUCAGCUUCAACGCUGGACGCAUCAAGACGGCCGUGAACGUCAACUGUGGUGACAGGAUAACGCGUCGGAGACUGCAGCAGGGCAGGUUGGCCCUGUGGGACCUUGUGUCGUGCCGUGAAGCGCGAGAACAGUUGCGACGGAGUUCUGGUCCCGACGUGGUGGUUUAUGAUGACUGUACGAAGGACUUGGACAAUCCGCAACCGUCGUCGUCCUUAGCGAUGGUGCUCGCUGUGUUGUGUCAAAACGGGGCGAAGCCUGCUGUACUUAAAGGCGGGUACCGUGAAUUUGAACGGCAAUACAGCGAAGAGUGCACCAGUUCCUUAACGGGCGACACUGAAGGGUCCACCUCUUCGGGAGAAGUCUUCUGCUGCGACGGUAGCCUCAAGGACCUUGCCGCAGUCCCGGCCACCGAAAUCUUGCCUUUUCUGCUGCUGGGCAACGAACGUGACGCUGCCAAUGUCGCCCAACUGCGGCGUCUGGGCGUCGGAUACGUCCUCAACGUUACAGCUCACCUGCCGGGUCAACCAGUGGACGCAGGGAUCAGAACAAAACGCCUUCCGGCCUCUGAUAGCUGUCAGCAGAAUCUCAAGCAGUACUUCGAAGAAGCAUUCGCAUUUAUUGACGAUGCCCAUAAAGCUGGCAGCCGUGUCCUGGUUCACUGCCAGGCUGGUGUUUCCCGCUCUCCAACCAUCACCAUCUCUUACCUAAUGAAACACCUGGGCCUACGCCUGGUUGACGCCUACAGCUUCGUCAAGAGACGGCGGCCGAUCAUCUCACCCAACCUAAACUUCAUGGGACAGCUCAUGGAACUCGAAACAACGCUAAGCGACUGCGCGGAGCCACCAUGCCCCAACUGCUCAUCGCACAUAUCGUCAUCGUCAUCAUCGUCUUCUUCAGCAUCCUCGUCGUCAGACGAAGAAGAGCUGGUGCAACCGGCUUGAUCUCGUCGUUUCUCGCGUGAUUCGAAUUCAUAGAAGAACUCGAUAUGACUCGCCAACCGAGCUUGAGGUUGCGGACGACAAACGAAGCAGACGACGCGACCGAUUUCUGCUUAUACCGACGAAGUCUGAAGCAGACGUCUUGAACUGUCAAGCAUGCGAGGAAGACGCCUCUGUCCGCACUCCAAAGCGACUCCGAAACAGCCUUAUAUUUAUUUUUAAAGUCCCUACAUGUUCUCUCUUCGAAGGAAACAGACUUUAGUUAAAACAGAAGUGACUAUACGGGUCUCGCUACGCGGAUCUAUCCAGUGUGUGAAUGUGAACUAUGUGUGGUGCUAGUCCCGUGCGCGGCCACGUCCCAUUUCGCGCUGCGUCAGACUUUCUUUCCCGUGAUUUCAACGGUGCCCAUUUCAAACACUGCUAGCCUUAAGAAGAACGAUGCCUUUCUAACUAUAUAUUUUUGAGACACCCUUUUUAAAAUCCCGCUAUACAAAUGUGGACGAAGAAGGAGACGAUCCUGCUCAGCAGAUUCUAGUCCAAUGGAAGAAAUCCUCUUCAACUGAGCUGCAACUAGUGAACCAAUAAAAGGCUCUUUUUGCACAUCCUUGUA